AUGCUUCCUUCGGCGUGUGCGCUGCAGCACAACUUUGUUGACUUCGCAACUCUCGAUGUUGAAGAAUACGAGUACUACGAGCGCGUCGAAAACGGCGACUUCAACUGGAUCGUCCCCAAUAAGUUCCUGGCCUUUUCCGGCCCCCAUCCCAAGUCAAAGAUCGAAAACGGCUACCCUCUACACGCGCCUGAAGCGUACUUUCCCUACUUCAGAAAGCACAACAUCAAUACUGUCAUUCGACUCAACAAGAAGAUCUACCCAGCUCAGCGGUUCACAGACGGCGGAUUCGAGCACCACGACAUGUUCUUUACCGACGGAAGCUGUCCUCCAGACCACAUUCUCAAGCGAUUCCUUGAGGUCGUCGAAAAUAUGAACGGCGCGGCGGCUAUUCACUGCAAGGCUGGUCUAGGGCGUACUGGCUCUUUGAUCGCGUGCUACCUGAUGAAGCACUACAAAUUCACGGCGGCAGAAGCGAUCGCUUGGCUUCGUCUUUGUCGCCCAGGCUCAGUCCUCGGGCCACAGCAACACUGGCUAGAGGAGCAGCAGCAUUUGAUGUGGCAAGACGGCGACUUGCAGAAACUGCGACAGAGCCCCUCGACGACGAGGAAAUCGCCAGUGCUGGAAAUUGACGAGCAGAACAACGGAACUUCUGGACUUGAUUUUGAGGGAUACGAGGAUCCGGGACAAGGAGACCGUCUCAGGGCGCAGAAGUACAGGCACAGAGUUGGAGAGUUGGAAAAAGAGGAUAGUGGCUUGUUGGUGGGAUCAUCCGGUGGUGUGGUGACUCGAAGCCGCGCGGCUCAAAUCGCAAGGGACGCUGAAAAUGGCCUGGCCAGCGAACUGUCGCGUCUCCGAGUGGCCAGUCGAGGAGGAAAAGGGCCUUGA